AUGCUAAUUCAUCUCUAUCUCCAAAUCAAAGGGGCUGAGAACUACCCUUUCUAUACCUACUUGACACUUCUACUGAUAACCAUGAUAUCCACUGUGGGCAAAACAGGGCAAUGGAAAACUCUGCCACCACUAGAACUACCCACCGUUAACAACAAUAUAUCCCAAAAGCUCCAUAACGACUGUGAAACCAUAACAUUGGCUUCCCGGGACUACGGCAACAUCGUGCAUGAACUCCCAGCAGCCGUGUUUCAUCCAUCUUCAACACACGACAUAGUCAGCUUGAUUAAAUCCUCGUACGACAGCCCUGUCGUCCCUUACCGCAUAGCGGUGAGGGGACAAGGACAUUCCACAAGGGGACAAGCCAUGACUCGUGGUGGGGUUGUGGUUGACAUGGCCAAAUUCAGAACGCAAAGAAGAAAUAAUGGGGUUGUUAUAACUAGUGUCUCUGAUGAAGACCCUUUGAUUAAUGGUUACUAUGCUGAUGUUGGAGGGGAGCAACUGUGGAUUCAUGUCUUGCACACCACGCUUGAACAUGGACUUGCACCGGUUUCGUGGACUGAUUAUCUGUAUUUGACGGUGGGAGGGACGCUUUCCAACGCCGGAAUCAGCGGCCAGAGUUUCCGAUAUGGACCUCAAAUCAGCAACGUUCAUGAAAUGGAUGUGGUCACAGGAAAAGGAGAUCUCGUUACCUGCUCCUCGCGAAAGAAUUCGGAGUUAUUUCACGCAGUUCUUGGAGGUUUGGGACAAUUUGGAGUUAUAGCAAGGGUAAGAAUUGCUCUUGAGCCAGCACCCAAGAGGGUUAAGUGGGUUAGAGUGCUUUAUAGUGACUUUUCUGCUUUUACCAAAGAUCAGGAACGAUUAAUCUCAAUUAAUGGAAGGAAACAAAGUAGUGCAUUGGAUUUUUUGGAAGGAAUGCUGUUAAUGCACAAAGACUCCAUAAGUAAUUGGAGAUCCUCUUUCUUCCCUCAAUCUGACCAUUCCAAAAUAGCUUCUUUAAUAACUAAACAUGGCGGCAUCGUCUACUGCCUUGAAUUGGCUAAAUAUUAUGAUGACCAAUCCCAAGAAACCGUGGACAAGGAAAUUCAAUUUUUGCUCCAAGGCCUAGCCUAUAUCCCUGGAUUUCACUAUGAGAAAAAUGUCUCAUAUGUUGAGUUCUUGAAUAGAGUACGAAGUGGUGAGUUGAGGCUUCAACAACAAGGACUCUGGGAUGUUCCCCACCCAUGGCUUAAUCUGUUUAUACCAAAAUCUCAAAUCCUGAAUUUUGAUUCAGGCGUAUUCAAGGACAUAAUUCAUAAAAGAAACAUCACCAAUGGAAUUGUCUUGGUUUACCCCAUGAAUAGAAGCAAGUGGGAUGAUAGGAUGUCAGCCAGUAUACCAGAUGAGGAUGUGUUCUACACUGUUGGCUUUUUACACUCAAGUGGAUUUGAUAAUUGGGAAGAAUAUGAUGCUCAAAACAGAGAAAUUUUGGAGUUUUGUAGUGCUGCUGGCAUGAAGGUUAAGCAAUAUCUUCCAAAUCACAGAACACAGGAAGAUUGGAAAACCCACUUUGGCACUAAAUGGGGGAGCUUCUUAGAAAGAAAACUUAAGUUUGAUCCAAGAAUGAUUCUAUCACCUGGACAAAAAAUCUUCGCCUGA